CCGCCUGCCUUGUGGGAGUGCAGACAACUUCGAGUGUUGUUCCUGUCUGUCAAUAAUUUCACAGGCACCAUAUCUAAGAGAGUUGGGAACCUUACAUUUCUAAAAGAGUUAUAUCUUGGAGGUAACAAGUUGACAGGUACUUCUGAACCUUUAGCUUUUAUAAAUGUUAACCUAAUCAACCUUAUACCAGAGCCUUCUUGGAGAUAAGACGAGUUGGAGCAGGAUAUAGAGUGUCCUCAGAUAAUGCUGGCUAGCAUAGGAAGGGUAACAAACCUUGCCUCUUCCCUAUGCUAAAUUGUCAUACAAAAUGAAUAUACAUGCAUACACGGACACACUGGUAUUAGGUUGAUCCGCAAAAUGAAUAGAAUUCUUCAUUGCUCAUGAAAGAAACUUUCUGUUAUUUGUGAGUUCAAAUUGAAUAGGCUAACAUAGGAGUGGACACUGUUGAAUAAUGACUUAUGAAGUUGCUGACAUAGUCAAAUAAGUUAGGAUUUAAUGUUGACAUGGAAUUGAAGUUGUCAAAGUUGUGUUAAGCUUGAUCUAGUCUUCAGCUAUUUUUUAGGAAUUUUUCUGUUAUGUAACGUGUAGCAAAUUUGACUGCCUUUUUUUUAUGUUUUUUCUGUUUAAAUAAGUGAUUGAAUACUCAAUAAAAAUUAGCUUCAUCCAUUUUCUUCUUUCUCCAUAAAGAAUACCAACAAAGUGGUAUCAGAGCCUAUAUAUCUUGAGAGAUCUGUGAGGAACCCAAACAAAAAAAAAAAAAGAAAAAAAAAAAGAAAAGCACGUUCACAAACACUCAUUUAAGCCAACAAUCUGCAAAAAUGGAAGCAAAAUCAAGUCAUGGAAUGCUGGCAACACCAAUAUUUGGUGGCGACAACUACCAGGUAUGGGCUAUCAAAAUGGAAAUCCAUCUCAAGGCAUAAGAUCUUUAGGUAGCAACUGAGCAAGACUUCGAAGUCGCUGAUUUGCCGACCAAUCCAACCGUGAACCAAAUAAAGAUUCACAAAGAGAGGAAGACAAGGAAGGCUAAAGCCAUGGCUUACUUGUAUGUUACAGUUUCUCCCAAUAUUUUCACAAAAAUCAUGAACCUGUCUUCAGCAAAAGCCAUUUGGGAUCAUCUCAAAGAAAAAUACCAAGGUAAUGAAUGAGUGAAGAAUAUGCAAGUGUUAAACUUGAUCAAAGAGUUUGAAAUGCAAAGAAUGAAGGAGUCAGAAACUGUGAAGGAGUACAUUGACAUGUUGCUUAGUUUUGCUAACAAAGUGAGGUUGUUAGGCAAGGAUUUUUCUGAUUAAAGAAUCAUUGAAAAAAUACUUGUUACACUUCCAAAGAGAUAUGAAGUCAUCAUCUCUUCUCUAGAAAAUGCAAAAGAUCUAUCAAGCAUUUCCUUAGCAAAGUUACUUAAUGCUUUACAGGCUCAAGAACAAAGAUGGCUUGUGAGGAUAGGAAGAGCCGUCGAAGGAACUUUGCAGGCACAAACAAGCGGUGAAAAAAAGGUUUGGAAUCACAACAAGAAGCUUGCAAAUAUUGGAAACAACAAUUGUGGAAAUUAUCCACCUUGCCCAUACUGCAAAAAAACCAAUUAUCCACAACACAAGUGUUGGUGGAGGUUGGUGGAGGCCCGAUGUAAAGUGCAACAAAUGUGGUCAAUUAGGUCACAUCACAAUUGUGUGUAGAUCACAACAACAAGAAGGAGAAGCUAGAGCUGCUGCUGACCAACAUGAGGAGGAGUUAUUUUAACUCUACUCAAAAAACCAUAUCCAUGCCUAUGCCCCCAAAAAAUGCCUAUACCCCAAAACCCAUAACGAUACCUAUGCCUCAUAACUAUAAACCAUAAAAUGCCCAUAUGCUAUAUCCAAGACAUGCCAAAAUUAAAAUGUUUUGCAUUUGCACCCUCAAAGUCAAGGAGGAGUGUUGAAUAAUGACUUGUGAUGCUGCUGAAAUAGUUAAAUAAGUUAGGAUUUAAUACUGACAUGGAAUUGAAGUUGUCAAAGUUGUGUUAAGCUUGAUCUAGUCUCUAGCUAUUUUUUAGGAAUUUUUCUAUUAUGUAACGUGCAGCAGAUUUGGCUGUCUUUUUUUUAUAUAUUUUUUUUAUUUAAAUGAGUUGUAUAAAUAAAUGAUUGAAUACUCAAUAAAAAUUAGUUUCAUCCGUUUUCUUCUUUCUCCAUAAAGAAUACCAACAGACACACACACAGAUGCCAGUUUACGUUUAUUUGCAGACUGGGUAGAAAUCUUUGUUGCUUGUCAAAACAAUUCUCUGUUUCUGAGAGCUCCUUUAAAUAAAAUUGUGAUUUGUGGAAUACCCAGGGAGAUAGAGAUACAGCAGAAAAUAACUUACGCAUUGAACAUUCAAACAUGCAGAAGGGAAGUUAAAUAUCAUUAGCAACACAUGAUUCUCACUAAUUCGUCAGAUAGUGGUUAUUUUGCAAUUUGCAGAUAUGAAGGUGCAUUACCAGACGAAAUUGGAAAUAUUAAUCUUGAUAUAUUAAGUAUUCAAAAGGCAAGCUUAACUGGCUCAAUUCCUUCCCAAAUCUUCAAUGCGUCAGCAACAAAAAUCAUUGACCUGUAUGACAAUCAGCUCUCAGGUUACCUUCCAUCUAGCCUUGGCCUCUGGCUUCCCAAUCUUGAAAAGCUUUAUCUACGGCAAAAUAGGCUCAGUGGGAUUAUCCCAAGCUCUAUCGGCAAUGCCUCCAAGCUUACCAUCCUAGACUUGACUACGAACUCAUUCACAGGCUCUAUACCCAAUACAGUUGGUAAUCUAAGACUUCUGCAGCGGCUCUUUGUUUCUGAAAAUAAUCUGACAAGAGAAUCUUCUACUCUGGAAUUAAGGUUUUUUACUUGUUUAGAAAAUUGUAGAAACUUGGAACUGCUGGCAAUAUCACUAAAUCAAUUCAAUGGCAUCCUCCCUGCUUCAUUUGGCAAUCUCUCUAGGUCAUUGCGCUUGCUACAGGCUUUUGGUUGCAAAAUUAAGGGGAACAUUCCCAGUGGCAUUGGUAACUUGAGCAGCUUGGAGGGCAUAUUCUUAGAUAACAAUGAGUUGACAGGCCUUAUCCCAAGAACAAUUGGAAGGUUGCAACACCUUGAUCGCUUGUAUCUUGAACACAAUAAGCUGGAAGGAUUCAUACCCAAUGAUCUUUGUUUGUUGAAUAAUUUGGGAGACUUGUAUCUAAGCGGUAAUAACCUCUAUGGACAGAUACCCUCAUGCUUGGGUGAACUAAACUCCCUGAGAUCGCUUUAUUUAGAUUCGAACAAUCUGACUUCUGCAAUGCCUUCAACCUUGUGGAGCCUGAAAGAUCUUGUCGGUUUGAAUCUGUCCACAAAUUCUCUUAGUGGAUAUAUAUCAGCUGAUGUUGAACAUAUGAAGGUAAUGACACAAUUAGACUUGUCUUGGAAUCAGUUAUCAGGCUACAUUCCAUAUACCAUUGGGGGAGCCCAGACAUUACAAAUUCUCUCCUUGGCGCACAAUAACCUACAAGGACCUAUUCCUGAAUCACUGGGUAGAUUAAUCAACUUGGAAUUUUUGGAUCUCUCCAGCAACAAUCUAUCUGGAAGCAUUCCUACCUCAUUGGAGGCACUUAGGUAUCUCCAGCAUUUAAACGUGUCCUUCAAUAGAUUGCAAGGAAAUAUUCCUACUGGAGGACUUUUUGCAAACUUCACAGCUAAAUCGUAUAUGAACAACUAUGGACUAUGCGGUGCACCUAGAUUGCAAGUCCCACCAUGCAAAACUAGAAGCCUUCAGCAACCAACAGUUGUGAAAGUACUGAAAUAUGUUUUACCUGUAGUUGCGUCUUUAGUACUUGUGGUUAUGGUGCUCAUACUUGUUUCACUAAGAAAACGCAAGGUCAAAACACAAUCACGAACUAGAGAAGAUUCAUGCCGUGCUGGAUGGCGAGCGGUCUCAUAUUUAGAACUCUUCCAGGCAACAAAUGGAUUCAGUGAAAGCAACCUGCUUGGCAUGGGAGGUUUUGGCCGUGUAUAUAAAGGAACACUAUCAGAUGGGAUGAAUGUUGCAAUCAAGGUUUUCAAUCUGCAGAUAGAAGGAGCAUUUAAGAGUUUCGAUGCUGAAUGUGAAGUAAUGUGCAACAUCCGCCAUAGAAAUCUCCUCAAGAUCAUUACCAGCUGCAGUAAUGUGGAUUUCAAAGCCUUGGUCUUGGAGUACAUGCCCAAUGGGAGUCUUGAAAAGUGGCUGUAUUCUGACACUUGUUUUUUGGAUCUCCAGCAGAGAUUAAACAUAGUGAUAGAUGUUGCAUCAGCACUCGAAUAUCUUCAUCAUGGCUAUUCAACGCAUAUUAUUCAUUGUGAUUUGAAGCCGAGCAACAUCCUGGUAGAAGAAGAUAUGGUUGCACAUGUGGGUGACUUUGGUACAGGCAAACUUCUGGGCAAAGGAGAAUACAUGGCACAAACCAAGACCUUGGCCACCGUUGGAUACAUGGCACCAGAGUAUGGAACGGAAGGAGUAGUAUCCACAAGCGGUGAUGUCUACAGCUAUGGAGUAUUAUUGAUGGAAGUAUUCACAAGGAAGAAGCCCACAGAUGAAAUGUUUGCUGGAGAAAUGAGAUUCAAGUGUUGGGUGAAUCAGUCACUGAAUGGGGGCUCAGUGCUUGAAGCCAUGGAUUUCAGUUUGAUUGAACAAGAAGAUCCACAUUUGUCUGCAAAGGAGCAUUGUGUGUCAUCUGUCUUGCAAUUGGCCAUGGAUUGUGUGAAGGAUCUGCCCAAGGAGAGAAUCAACAUGAUGGAUGCUGCGACUACACUACAAAAAAUCAGAAUUGCCUUUCUGUCAAAUGUUGGAGAGGGUGGCACUUCUCCUAAGGAGUGGGACUGGCCUGAGACUUCAGGCAUUUGGCCUAAGGAACAUAUGUAAUUUAACCUUAUAAGAGACACUUAUGUAACAUAGGAACUUUUCAUAAAUAAGGCUUUUCAUAACAUUAUUUUUUU